AUGAAGUCGUUUCUGUUACUAAUGAGUCUUUUCUGGCUUGGAUCUGCCAGCGGUUAUGUUCACUUCUUCCUCCCACAGGACAGCAGCUCCGAGCUCAAGAUGCCAGACCCAGGGGACAGUCCCGGUCAGUCGGAGGGACUUCCUGGCUCCACGGCUCAUCGUUCACUGUUACUUUCAGGUAAGCACAACUCACAGGAAGAUGUGCUUUCAGAUGCUGAGGCUUUGUAUGAGACUUCCGCAAGCAAGAACACUUUAAAUGAGCACACUGUCGUGGAACACACUUCGGGGGUGCGUGCUGUGGUUGAACACACGCCGAGUGAGCGCUCUGUGAAUGAACACACUUCUGGCGAGCACACGGUCGCCGAACACUCUUCAGGUGAGCGUGUGACAGGCGAACAGACUUCCAGCGACUCUCCCGCUGAACAGUUGAAUGAGAAGACUUCGAGCGAGUCUCCCAGUGAACAGUCCAUGAGUGAGCAAUCCUCAAGCGACACGUCUUCCAGUGACCAGCCCUCGGGAGACAAGUCUCUGUCAGAAAAGUCUUCAAGUGAACAGCCAUCAAAUGAAAAGUCUUCAAGUGAACAGUCAUCCUCAGGUGAAAAGGUUUCUGGUGAACAGCCUUCCGUCACUUCCACAACCACAGUGACAAACCCACCAUUAAAUUGUCACACGUGCUCUUACAUGAAUGAUGAAAAAAAAUGUCUUCGUGGAGAGGGAGUUUGUACCACCCAGAACUCCCAGCAGUGCAUGUUAAAGAAAAUCUAUGAAGGAGGAAAACUCCAGUUCAUGGUUCAGGGAUGCGAGAACAUGUGCCCAUCCAUGAACCUCUUCUCCCAUGGGACCAGGAUGCAAAUCAUUUGUUGUCGGAAUCAGUCUUUCUGCAACAAGAUCUAG